CCACUCACACUCUCAGGCUAGCUUGAUCGGGCAGAUGGAGGCAGAUAGCACCGGGGGCAACAUGGGCGACAAAGCAGAAGUGGAAAUGGCAGAAAACCCAUUUGAACCUUACAUUGAAUCCAUUCGUCAGCAACUGGAGGACCAAGACCCUGUUUUUCUGAUCGGAGUUAUCGUCGCUUUGGCGGCUGUUGUCAUCACCUGUGUCUUUCUAAAGUACUUUCUUAGCAGUAAAACUGUCCAGAGCGCCGUGCUGCUGGUUGGACUGUGUGACUCCGGGAAAACGCUUCUCUUUAGCCGGCUGCUGUCAGGAAAGUUCAAGCGGACACAGACCUCCAUUACUGACAGCAGUGCUCCGUACAAAGCCAAAAACGACAGGGGCAGCACCUGGACUCUGAUAGACCUGCCAGGACAUGACAGUCUUCGUCCACAGUACCUGGAGAAGUUCAAGUCUGCAGCCAGAGCGAUCGUGUUUGUAGUGGACAGCGCUAUCUUCCAGAAGGAAGUGAGAGAUGUGGCAGAAUUCUUGUAUGUCUUGUUGACGGACACUGUGAUCUCCAGAAAUGCUCCAGCUCUCCUGAUGACAUGUAACAAACAAGAUAUCACCAUGGCAAAAUCAGCUAAACUAAUUCAGCAGCAACUGGAAAAGGAAUUGAACACCUUACGAGUGACUCGCUCAGCAGCCCUCAGCUCUCAGGAUGGCUCUGUCGGUGGCAGUCUGUAUCUGGGGAAGAAAGGCAAGGACUUUGAGUUCAGCCAACUGCCCAUGAAGGUGGAGUUCCUGGAGUGCAGCGCCCGUGGUAGCAAAGGUGAAGAUGGAAGUGCAGACAUCGAGAACUUGGAGAGCAGCUUGGCUAAACUGUAAAAUGGCCAACUCAGCAUCCUAAAAGGCACAGACCUUGGAUCAGAUCACCUCAACGUCCACUGUCUCUUCAGUAAUCAAAGGAGGGAUGACAAAUGCAUCUCGGUGGAGUAUCUACUUGACAGGAGUAACCAGUCCGACACGGUCCUAUCUGUUCUGACUGUCAAUGUAAAACAUACAAUGACAUUGAAGGUAGAAGAGCAUUUGAGACAUAUUCAAUGAAAAAACUCCAAAAAGACUGAAAGCUGUUUGUCAGGUUGCUCUAGUGUUGAGAAAUGAUCAUGCGCUUCUUCAGUGUCCGUCUUACUGUGAACAUCACCACCUUGAAUUGCUUUAUUUGCUCGAUUAGAAAAUAUUUAGCUUUAAGAAAUUUGGGAAACUUCAUGUGUUGUUUAUAAUUGCAAUUUAAAGAAAAAGUAUCAUAGGUUAUUUCACCAUUUUUAUUUAAAAUGUUUCUCAACUAGUCUGACCUGUGUGCUGCCCUAUGAAAACAGGUGUGAAUUGCAUUUAUUCAUUCACUUCACAGUCAGCGUUGUGCCUUUUUUCUGGUAUUCUUAUAGAAAAGUGUUUUGCUUGUUUGCAGAAUGACGGUUUGAUUGAGUGGAAAUAUUGUGUGAAUACAGUGCAUUUGCAAUGAAUGUAUGAAUUUAUUGUAGUCAUACAAGAAUGAAAUGUUGUUUGUAAUUGUGGCUUAUUUAAAAAAGAAAAAAAAACUGA